AUGAACGGUCGUCGGAGAUAUAGCUCAAGCGGCGGAUCUUGUCCUGCAACACCAUCUUCUUACAGUAGUAAAACUCUCACCGAUCGUUCUUCCCCUACCGACACCGGCAAAUCUAGCUCCUUCGCUCGCUGGAUCUCCGGUCUCUUCAUCAAUUGCUUCACUCCUCCUGAUUCCGUCUCCUCCAAGGGCUUCGACGAUUCCGAACAUGAUAUUCGAAGUAGACGUAGCUCAACUGGAAGUGUCCAAAGGCAUUAUCAUAAUGGGAAUGCAAACGAAACAGAGAAUCCAAGAUUCACUUUCGACGAAAUCUACGACGCGACCAAGAACUUCUCUCCAUCUUUCAGGAUCGGACAAGGAGGUUUCGGUACUGUUUACAAGGUUAAACUUAGAGAUGGCACCAUCGUUGCAGUCAAACGUGCCAAAAAGGGUACACACGGCGACACUCAAGGUGCAGAGUUUGUGAGUGAGAUUCAGACAUUGGCUCAAGUAACACAUUUGAGUCUGGUUAGGUAUUAUGGAUUUUUGGUUCACAAUGACGAGAAGAUUCUUAUUGUGGAAUAUGUACCCAAUGGAACUCUUAGAGAUCAUUUAGAUUGUAAGGACGGAAAGAUUCUCGACAUGGCAACUCGGCUAGAUAUUGCAACUGAUGUAGCUCAUGCCAUAACCUAUCUCCACAUGUAUACACAGCCACCUAUCAUCCACAGAGAUAUAAAAGCUUCAAACAUUCUCCUCACUGAGAAUUUCAGAGCCAAGGUUGCGGAUUUCGGUUUUGCAAGAUUAGCUCCAGACUCUGAAUCAGGAGCUACACAUGUCUCAACACAAGUCAAAGGAACCGCGGGUUAUUUGGACCCAGAGUACUUAACAACGUAUCAACUCACAGUGAAAAGCGACGUCUACUCGUUCGGUGUACUCCUUGUCGAGAUUCUCACGGGUCGGCGUCCCAUUGAGCUUAGCAGAGAACAAAAAGAACGCGUCACCAUAAGAUGGGCGAUCAAGAAGUUCACGAAUGGAGAUUCGAUAUCGGUAUUGGAUCCGAAGCUAGAACGAAGUCCAGCGAACAACUUAGCAUUAGAGAAGGUAUUGGAGAUGGCGUUUCAGUGUUUAGCUCCUCAUAGAGGUUCGAGACCAAGCAUGAAAAAAUGCAGUGAGAUUCUGUGGGGGAUUCGUAAAGACUACAGAGAGCUCCUCAACACAAGUCUUUGA